AUGAGUAGACAAGUAUAUGAUGCUGCCCGAGAAGCUUAUAGUGAUGAUUUGAUGUCUAAGUUGGUGUCAUAUCAAUACGGCAGUCAUAAUGACCCAUUACAUGGAUUAGUUAUCAUCAAUGAUUUACUUCUUGGCCAUUCCCUUUUACUUGAUGGAUACAAUAAACGUCAAUUGGAAUUCAGAGAUCUUAAUUUUAAACGAUACCAGGUCGAUACCAAUGAAAGUUUGAACUGUUUAGAGGUCAAAGUGAAAAAUGACGGUACCAAAUCACCUUCUUCUUCCAACGAGGACGGGUCUGAGGAUCAUAACAAUAUGAAAAAUCAAUCAACCACCAAAUCUUCAUCAUUUAAUGGUAAAUUGAAACCUAUUCAAUAUCUUAAUGGAGCUCCUGAUAUGUCCAAAACACUUGAAAAGGAAACAGUUCAUUGUAUAAGAAAUAAGAAUAUCAAUCUUUGUGUAAUAGCUGCCAUUGGAUUGUUAUUGUUUUAUAGAUUUGAUAAUUUAACAGGAGAUUUGAGAUUAUUACCGUUACCGAAGUUCAAUUCCUUUGAACUGUGGAAUAAAUUGAAAUUGUUAUUCAAAGAUGCUCAAAGAUCAACCACUCCAAUAUCUAGAGGUUCAGAAAUUUAUCUUAUUAGUUUGGCAUUUUCUCAAGCUGGUAUUCAACCUCCUAUUGGUUUAGGUGGUGAUUUGGGAAGGAAAGGUAAUAUGAAGAACUUAUCUAAAGCCGGGAUCAAAUUAAGAAUACCGAACAAUAAUUCCAUUAGUAAUGAUUUACCGGAGAAGGAAUUUGUUAAGAAAGUUGCAGGGUUUGAAAAAGAUGAACCGGUUAAAUUGAAUAGAGACAUUGAACCUCCGGCUAAGUUGAUGACAAAAGUAUUUCCAUGGUUGGAAAGAGUCAUUAGUGAAUAUCAAUCAUAUGCUUCUGAUGUUGGACGUAAUGGAUCGGAUUUUUAUCAUUUCUUACAAUUCUUGAAAGAGUUGAGGAAAGUCAUCUUACAAGAUUUGGCGGUGAUUAUAAAUUUACAUGAUGAUAGUAUAUUUAAGGAUAUGAAACUUUUGAAUGAUAAGGAGUUCAUUGAGUACCUGAAAGUGGUGUUUGAAGGGUAUAAGAAGGAUCAACAACGAUCGAUUGAUGCAUUAAGUGGUCCAAUAGUACCGCCGGUUACUGUGGUUCCUUUGAAUGUACCGGGUCCUGGAGUACCUUCUGGGGUAUCUUCUGGGGUAAUUUCUGGUGUUACUGCUCCAGUAACAGUUACUGGUUCUACCACUGGUCCUAAGGCCCCUUCGGCAUCCAAGUCCAUACCACGGGAAAGACAACUUAGUUUCUCUUCGGGAAAACCUUUGCAUAUUGAAAUCCUCACAUCGGAUGAUUCUCCUGAAUUCCGAUCUCCUGAAGUUACAAAAUCAAGACCUUCAGCUGGUCAAAUCAUCAUUGAAACCAUCCCCAAAUCUGAUACUCCUUCCAAAAAAGUCAAAAAGACUAAACCCAAGAAAUCAAAGAAAUCAAAAGAUAAACCUGAUUUCAAUAUUAUCCAAGAUGAUUAUUCUCCUCCUUUACCCCAACAAGUUUUACCUCCAGCAAUGACAUCUCCAGCAAUAACAUCCCCGGCCAUGACAUCCCCGGCAGCAUCAUCUCCAGUUAUGAAUCUCCUGCAAUAUAUGAAUCCACAGAUGCAACAAUAUGCAGCUGCCAAUCAGAUGGGCUAUUAUGCUCCAAGAUAUUACCAAAGUCCUUUCAAUCUCAAUGGCUGGCAAAUGCAAGUGAAUAAUUUGAAUCAAAAAUACACUCAAAGUUUGGAGAAUAAUAAAGUCUUGGAAGAAAGAAUCAAAUCUCUUGAAGGUUUGAAUGAAAAACUUAAUGAGAAAGUGGAAUCGAUUGACGAAAAGGCAAGUAUUAAGUUACUCAAAGACCAAAAUAAAGCCUUGAAACAAUUGGUAGAAUCAUUAGUUGAUUCUAAAUCUGAUGUAUCUUUGAAAGGUGAAGUACGGAACCUCCUUGAUACUAUCACAGCGGAUUUCGGUAUUAAAAAACCAAAAGUGGCCGAACCUGAAGUUUCGAAAUCGAAAUCAGGGCCAAAAACCAACACAUCAAAAACCAGUACCUCAAUAGAGACAGAACCACGUCCACAAACUGAAGGAAAUGGUGGUACAGAGUACGUUGUAGUGGAAAAUAUUGAUGCAGAAAAAGACGGUGAGGUUACAGGAAGCGAAGAUGAAGAGAUGGAAUCGGCCGCGGAUGAAGAUUAUGUAGAGGAAAUUGAUAGUGAAGAUGAACCCCUUCCUAGUGAUGAUGAUAUGAGGGAUGAUACUCCUGAAAGUCCUGAAGAAAUCUUUGAUGAGACUCUCGUUGAUGAAGAUAAUAAAGAGAAUGAAUACCAAUCGAAGAAGAAAUCCAAAACAUUAAAAAGAGGUGGAGAAGUUAUAGAACUCGUCACCCCAAAAAGGAAACAUUUAUCACCAUCACCAGCAGCACCUAAUAAUGAUGGUCUGCUUAUACAUAGAACCAGACGGAAGAAUUCGGUGUCAGACAUGACAGAAACAGUCAAACCACCUCCUCAAGGUCCAAUACUUUCAGUAAUUAGUGGUAAGGGACAUUCUCCAAUCAUUGUCCCCCCAGCCAUUAGUCAAAUUCCUGAAGAUUCUCCUGUGGUCCAUGAAUAUAUUCUGUACAAUUUCCGUAAUCAUGAGAAAUGGGGAAUAAUCAAUUAUCUUGUUAGACUGAAAAAUCCUCAUCCCAAAAAGAAGAAGAAAUUCAUUGUCGUUGAUGAAAGUGAAAAAGUAAGAUCAAAACAUACCCAAUCACCACCAAAGGAUUCUCCACCAAAAGAUUCUUCAUCAAAAGAUUCCCCACCAAAGAGUUCUCCAUCUAAAAAUUCUCCAUCUAAAAGUGCAUCAAAAAAAUCACCAAAGAAAUUCACCACCACACCAAAAAUCAAUCGAAUCGUUGAAAGUCCGCAAAAAUCCUCAAAAACCCCUGAAGUUGAUGAUCCUGUUGAUCCUGUGGGAACCGAUACUACUGAACCAAGUGAUAUAAUGGAACUAUACAAAGAAUGGUUCUUAGGUUCGGGAGAUCAAUUGUCUGUAGUUGAAAAAGAUCAACGAUUCGGUACCAGAUGGUUAGUGGGUAAUUCCAAGAGUUAUUAUUACCGUCGGAAGAACGUAGCACAGUUGUUGGUUCAUCUUCGAAAGAAUUCUAAACUUGAAGCUUUACAUCUUCAAAAAUUGGAAGAUAUUGUACAAUAUGUGGAAAUAUUUCGAAAUUCCAAGAAGUUGAGUGUUAUUGAAUUCAAUGCUUUGUGUCAUAAGGACAAAGUUACCAAGGUGGCCAAUGAUGUUGAGAUCUACCUUAAGAGAAAGAAGAUUCUAUAG